ACAUCAGUUGGCAGCCUUAUAGGAGCGCGGUUAGAGGAGAAUAACGUCUCAACUGCUCACCCAAUUCCCACUUAUGUGGCAGACGCGUCGCCUAAACGUAUCGUGAAGUUUACCUGCCGCAGUCUCAGAAACAAAUUCUAUUCUAACACAAGAAAAUUGGCGAGGAAGAAGGCAAACGAUCUGCUAAACCUCAACCUGUCAUCCCAGGCCGGUGUAUUCAUCUCUGAGUCUCUGACUCCUUCCAAGAAGAAGCUCUUCGGAGAUGUCAACAAAGUGAAAAAGAAACUUAAAUGGGAGCAUAUCUGGAUAUAUGGUAGGAUCUUUAUUAGGCAGGGCGAGAAUAAGCCAUCUUUCUCGUUUGACCGCGAAGAAGAUCUAGCUAAAUUUAAAUCACAACAUACAAGCUCGUGCUUAACGCUAGAUAUGCGGUACAAAGUGUAAAAGUUCAUAAAGUAAAGCACAUUAUGGUCAUUCAGGUAAUCGUUUUUAAUGCCGUUAGAAUAUUUAAUUUAACAAUUUGUGGUCUUGUUAUGAAUUUAUUCCAAUCAUUUUGAAUUGAACCAUAAUGUGCACUACGAACUUCCGUUUUUCACUUUGGAUUCCCAAGAGUUCCUUAAGAUUACUCGUGGGUGGGUACACCAGUCGUUUCAAUCUUUUAUCGAGUCUAAAGAUCUAUUUGCAGAUAUUAUAACUAGCCCCCAAAGAGAAAGUGAGCUACAAGAGUACAACAAUUACAUCCAAUCUUUACCGUCAAACAGUCUGGAAAAUUCUUUCAUGAGGCGACCUAAAAAUCUAACAUCAUUACAAGAUAUUAUUGAAUGGACUGUAAAAUGGAGUCCGGAAAUAUAUAGCCAUAUCCGAAACAAAACUACAAGAAAAAAAAAAAACAUCUAUAAUAUCAGGAUACCCGAUUAUGUUUUUUUUAAAUACAAAUUCGCCAACAAGUGCAGGUGGUGUCACCCUUUAUAUUUCUCAAGAAUUGAGCUUCAUGAGGCGACGGGCCGGGACGUAAAAUUAUCUGAUGAUGGAAUAGAAUCGUGCUGGGUUGAAAAAAACAAAAGAACGUAG